UUUUACUGUCUAUGGGAUUGACAUGACCACAGAAUGUGAGAGAAAUAAAGGUAUAUUAAAUGUGUUAUCGAGUCAUUCGUUCGUGGUCGAUUACUCUACUUGCCACUAGGUCAGCCACAGGAGCCAGGAAAAGUAAUCGAGCAAGGAUCGCAUUUCGUCUGGGACAGAAACGCUGCCAAAAUGCCUGUUGGUCGGUUAUUUUUGAAGACUUCAGCUGUCAAUAAGAUGUUUAGCAGAAAUUCCUUUAUAGCUUCCAAACCGGAUCCCUCCAAGCCAAACAUGCUGAGAGUAGGACUAGCAUUUGGGAGCACAGCUGUCUUGUGGGCAUUGCUGUUUAAACAGCACCGCACUGAUGUGCAUGAGUACAAAACGAGGAAUGGGUUAGAGUAAUUCAUGAGGCCAUGGCAGCAGUUGCUCUGUGCUUUGUGGACCUUCUGUUUUUCCUGUUUCAGUGUUCAUCUGCUUGUACAAUAAUGUUUAUUAAAGAUGUGUGUAUAUAA